CGUAUAACUCAACCACCCACGAUCCUUAUUUCCCAAGAUCCUUUUUUCAUUCUCUUAUAUAUGUCAGAUUCCUAGAUUAAAAUAUUAGAUAAACCACAAAUAGAUCAAAAACAAAAUAUGAGUUACUAUUCUUCUUCUUUGGUUAAAAAUCCUAAUUCAUAAUUUCAUAUCAAAUAUCCCAAACCAGUGCUGAGAUCAAUUUCUGAGUAAGGGUCCCCUUUCAUUGGCUUCGGCGGAGCUGGACAUUUGAAACCGGUUUAGGGAUAUGGAAGUCUGAAAAGAGUGGACAUGGUGGAGAAUUGCUUGAGAUUCGACUCGGAGAAAGAAUUUUUUAGAACGAGAAGAAAGAGAAAGGAAGAAGAGAAAGAUAGAAGUCAACGAGAAAUACCAACGUGGUAGAAACAGAAGAAUUAUCAAAAGGACUCUCUUCUUUCGGUUGUGGGUUGGAGGAUAUUGGGAUUCAGAUGGAUCUUACAAUGGUGGUCGAACUGAAUGUUGUCGAGUGGAUUUCAGACAACCGACACUUGAGAUGCUGAAAGAUGUUGUUUUGACGAAUGGGUAUGCAGAGAAUAUGAAUAAGUUUUCUUACUUCCCUAAUGGAGCUGUUGGGGGAAAUCGUGUGGCCUUGGUAGCUAAUAGUGAUGUAGAAGACAUGAUUAGAUGUAUUCAAGAUGUGGAUAGCUUGAAUGUAUAUGUCGUCAGGGAAGAUGAUCCAUGUUUAGAUGAUGUGCUUGUGGGAAAUGUAGAAGAAGAAGAGGAACAAGAGAAUGAGGAUGAGGCGUGUGAUUUCUAUUGAAAUGAUUAUGUUGAGAGUGAUGGGUCUGAUGAUGAUGAAGAUGGCAAGAUAGAAUUUUUUUGGGACAGCAGUUUGUAUCGAAAGAAAAGUGCAAGGAGACCAUUGAGAAGUAUGCUAUCAAAGAGAAGGUGAACAUACAUUUCAAGAGAUCUGAAAAGAAGAAGAUAGAUGCAAAAUGUGUGCAAGAGUGUUGCAAGUGGAGACUGUAUGCUUCCAUUAACAGCCAAUCAGACAAGAUGGUUAUUCGGUCACUGGUAGGAACCCACAACUGCUACCCUAUAGGUGUUGUUGAUCUCUAUAGCGCACCAAAGAUAGCUGCAGAUUUUCUGAAUGAGUUUAGGCUCAACCCAAAGCUUUCAGCGGAGCAUAUAAUGCAAAGUUUGGCUAUAAAGGGUCUUCGGGUCACAAAAACGAAGUGUUAAAGUGCUAGGCAGAUUCUGAAACAUAUCAUAGGUGAUGAGUAUGCAGAGCAGUUUACAAGACUCUAUGAUUAUGUUGAGGAGCUAAGGAAGACCAAUCCUGGUUCUACGGUUAUAUUAGGAACAAAAGAUAGAGUUUUUGAAAAGUUCUACACAUGCUUCGAAUCUCAGAAAACAGGUUGGAAGAGUGCAUGUCGUCGUGUUAUUCAUUUAGAUGAAACUUUCUUAAAAGGACGCAUGAAAGGGAUAUUGCUAACUGCGGUGGGAAGAGAUCCUAAUGAUGCUACAUAUAUCAUUGCUUGGCCUAUUGUACCGGUUGAGAACAAGGUCUAUUGGGAGUGGUUUAUGGAGUUAUUGCGUGAAGAUUUAGGAUUAGAGGAUGGAAAUGCUUUGGCAUUGUCAUCAGAUCAGCAGAAGGGUCUUAUAUACACCAUCAAAACCGUCUUGCCUUAUGCAGAACAUAGAAUGUCUGCAAGACACAUUUUUGCUAACUUGCAAAAGAUAUACAAACAGAUGGGUCCUCUGCACAAGCUGUUUUGGAAGUGUGCCCGAGCAUACAAUACAAACCUUUUUCAUAGACAACUUGAGAAGAUGAAGAACAUCAAGCUUGAAGCUUAUGAGGAAGUUAAGACAAGUGUUGGUUCAAACUGGUCAAGGGCAUUUUUCAGUGAUGUGGUCAAGUCUGCUGCUGUUGAAAUAACAUAAGUGAGUCCUACAAUGCUGCUAUGAAAUAUGCUCGUGAGAAACCGAUUGUUGCUCUGCUAGAGGACAUUAGGCGACAUAUAAUGUCUAGUAACUUGGUGAAGCUGAAGGAGAUAGAGAAUGUGAGAGGAAUUUUCACACCCAAGGCUUUAACAAUCAUGGAAAAGAGGAAGCGUAGUUUGAAGUGGUGUAGUCCAUUGUCAAAUGGAAGGGGCAUCUAUGAAGUGGAUCAUGGGAAGCACAAGUACAUUGUUCAUGUCCGAGAUAAGACGUCGUGCACUUGUCGUGAGUAUGAUGUGAGUGGCAUACCUUGUUGCCAUAUCAUAUGUGCAAUGUGGGCUGAGUAUAAGGAAACAAAGCUCCCAGAAACAGUUAUUUCGGAGUGGUAUUCAGUGGAGAAGUGGAAGCUUUGCUACAGCUCGCUUUUGUUUCCUGUGAAUGGGAUGGAGUUGUGGGAAACACAUAGUGAUGUUGUUGUUAUGCCUCCUCCGGAUAGGAUAAUGCCAGGAAGACCCAAAAACAAUGAUCGAAUCAGAGAUCCAAGCGAAGAUAGGUCAUCACAGAAUUCUUAAAAAGCUCCAGUGGUAAUGUCUUCUACCUCUUUUCCUUUUACGAAUUGGACUUUCACAAUAUCAUAUCAAUGUGUUUUCUCUAGUCGACUUGUAGCAACUGCCUCCAAACCGGUCAUAAUAAACGGUCCUGCAAACAAGAUCCUCUUCAUGUGGCUCCUAAACCGGUUCCUGAAAAUCCACUUACCAUGCUAAUGCUGUGAUGGUGUUGGAGAUGGCAUUUGGUGAGUUUAGACCAUCUAGAACUUGAUUGAAGGCAAAAGGAGUGAUUUUGGUCGAGAAACGAAAUGGAGACCAAGUGUCCCAGCGGCUUAGUGCCUCCACAGCGGCCUAAACGCCAGGCCACAAAGCUGCUGUGAAUCCUAGACGACAUUACCUCAUUCCAUGGCUAAAGUGUUGGAGCGGCCUAUUUCCCAGCGGCCUAUUGCAGCGGUACGUCUCGGCCACAAAGUUUUGAUGUCAAUUUGCGCGAGCGCACUCGGCCUGCUGCAGCGGUAUGAGAGGCCGCGGCUAAGGAAUCGUCAAGGCGUCCACAUCCACGUGUUGGAGCGGCCUAUGUCCCAGCGGCCUAUCGACGCGUCCAAAAACCAGUUGCGACACUUAGAAAAAUCUUCAACUCUAUUUUUACCAAUUUUUACCCCUUCGUUUUUAAAGCACUAUAAAUACAUUUUAGACCUAAUUUUGGGACAUAUUUUGUUUUCUCUCAAAAUACGUUGAUACUUUGGAGAAAAUUUGAAUCUUUAGUAAUCUAAUCUUUCUUUCUUGAGUAAUUUGAGUCUAUCUCAUCUUCUUAACAUGAUUUCUCUUGAAUCUACUAUGGGUUUAAGGUUAAUCAUGAAGAUUAGUGAGUAGACUCUUUUUGGAUUCAUGGAUUAGGAUGAUUAGGAUGAUUAAGUGAUGAUCUAGAAUGUUUAGAGUAGAUUAAUAUGUUUCCUUGCUUGAUUGAGUGAUCUUAAUGCUAAUCUAGAGUUGGCCAUUUUAGAUUAGAAAUCUAGACAUUUCUUUGCCCGAAAAGUGUUCGAUGAAAUGUCUGAGCCAACUCAACAUGCUCUUAGCUUACCCUACCAAAGACAUUUGAUGUUAGGAGAGUUUAGAUAGUUGAAUGAUAUGUUCUUAAUGAUUGCUUGAUUGACACAAACCAAAGACAUUUGAUGUUUGAUCAAUGAGAGUAAAUGAUCAUUUGUCUUGACAAAGAACUUGCUUAGGAAUGUUAUCUAGACUUAGGGAAAUGUGUUGAUUGAAACCUUGCAAUUCUAGAUUGAAUCUUAGUCAUCUGAAAUCAAAUUCCUAUACCCAUAAUUCCUCCCUUAUCCAUUUGCUUGAAGGUUGCUAGUUAAUUGUGUUAGAGUCUUGUUAGUUAUUCAAAUCACUUCAUUACAUUGAAUGCACUUAGCUUAAGUAUGAACCUGUAUUCUCAUUGAAUUGAAACACUUAGAAAUGGAUUGACAUCUAAAAUACUACUUUGAUUUGAACCUUGGACCCUUGAAAAGUCCAUUUCAAAUUUGGUGCCGUUGCCAAUUCUAAGUUGAUUUUGACAUUGAGAUUUGGUCUUUACUUGAGACUAAGUCUUAUUUUUCUUAUAUCUAGUUACUGAUUCUCUUUCCUAGCCUUUUUGUAUCUCAGGUGCAUGAACUUGCGGAGCAGAGGCCCAACCGACCUAGUUCCAAGAGUUGAAGACAUUAGAGCACUUGAAAGGGAGAUUGCAAGGAGGAGAAGAGAAGAAGAGCAACAGGCUCACUUAGACAGAUUGGGGUUUGUGAUGGAUCAACAUCAGAAUCAGCCUCAAGAUAGAGAGGGUAAUAGCCAAGGAGCUGACAUCCUUAAGCCACAACACCCACAGCGCCAAGCUAGAGCUAUUGGCACCCAUGAUGAGUCCAAUAUCCAUGGGCAUAGAGCUGGCAUUAGAGCACCAACUGUGGAAAACAACAACUUUGAGAUCAAGUCAAGCUUGAUAAACAUGAUCCAGAGCAACAAGUACCAUGGUCUUGCCUUGGAGGAUCCACUAGACCACUUGGAUAACUUUGAUAAGCUGUGUGGAACAACAAAGAUCAAUGGUGUCUCUGAAGAUACAUUCAAGCUAAGGCUGUUUCCAUUCUCUUUGGGAGAUAAAUCUCACACAUGGGAGAAGAGCCUUUCAAGAGAUUCAAUCACCACAUGGAAUGAGUGCAAGAAAGCUUUCCUCACCAAGUUCUUCUCUACUUUAAGAACUUCUAAGCUAAUGAAUGAAAUCUCUGGAUUUCAUCAAAAGAAUCUUGAGGGCUUUGGAGAAGCAUGGGAAAGGUUCAAUAGCUACAUCUCUCAAUGUCCUCAUCAUGGCUUCAAUAUGGAGAGUUUGCUUAGCACUUUCUACAGAGGUGCUUUGCCCAAGUUUAGAAGCCAGUUUGAUACUGCUAGCAAUGGUUUCUUCUUGGGGAGAAGUGAAGCAGAUGCUUUGGAGCUUGUAGAGAAUAUGGCUAAUAGUGAUUCAAUUUACAGUGAUGAGCAUGACAGAAGCAACAGAGGCAGUGGAGGUGAUGAUACAAACACCAAGAGAGAGUUAAAGGCUCUACAAGACAAGAUGGAUAUGCUUCUCUUGGAUAGAGCUAAACAAGAGAAGGUGAACUUUGUUGGUGAACAGAAACAAGAAGAGAUUGUUGUGUUUAAUGAAGUUGAUGGUCUAGAAGGUCAAGAAGAGCUUUGUUUUGUGAAUGCUAAUGAGACAUGGUACAAGAAAGACAUGGUACAAGAAGGAGCCUAACUUUCAGUACAACAACUACCAACAAAAGUCUUUCUACAACAACCAACAAGGUGGUUACCAAGUUAGACAAAACUAUUCUCAAGGCUUCCCCUCCAAAGGAAAUCAGUCUACACAAGGCCAAGCAUGAUCUUCUACUUCUGCUACACAAGAGAGUACUGAGGCAAUGCUGAAAUAGAUCUUGGAGUCUCAAACUAGAAGUGAGAAGCACAUUGGAUAUGAGCUGAAGAACCUUCACACCAAAGUUGAUGGAAGCUACAAUGAUCUCAACAACAAGUUCCUACAACUCUCCUCUCACUUCAAGGCUUUGGAGAAUCAGUUUGCCUCUAUGCCUUCAACCUCCAAGCGCCCAAUGGGAUCUCUACCAGGGAAAUCAGAGCAGAAUCCCAAAGAGUAUUGCAAUGUUAUCCUCUCUACUACUUCUUCUGAGAUUGAGUUGCGUGAUCAUGAGAAAGAGGUGGAUCAGAUUGAAAGCCUCUCGUAUAGCACAUAAUUUGUUUCCCAAGCUGCAGCACAAAUUGUGGAAAAGACUGAACACAAGGCUAUGGAGAGGGUUAAGGCACAAGCUAAACUGAAGGUUGCAGCAGAGAUUCUGAAGAGAGAUGGGCACAAGGCUGAGAAACAAGUUGAAAGAGAGGCUGUGCAGAAGCUAAAGGAAGUUAAGUUGGAAGGAACCACUGAGGUUGAGCAGUCACCUUAUGAUAAGCACCCGUUUCCACAAAGGGUCCUCACCAAAGCUCAAAAGAAGGUGAUCUCCAAGUUCAGAAAGGACAUGAGUGCUGUAGGAGUCAAACUUCCAGAGAUCUCUCAUAUGCGUGAUGCUCAUUUCCAAAUGAUGCUCAUCAAGGACAUUCUAGCUCACAAAGAAGUAGCAGAGCUUUUUGACAUCUCUACUUUUCAGCUUGAUCCACCAGUCACACCAAAGUCUAUUCCAAAACUAGAAACCCAAGGGAAAUUCACAUUGUCUUGCUCCCUUGGUAAGUUCACACUUGAUGAUGCUCUUGUUGAUUCUGGUGCAAGUGUGAAUGUGAUCUCAAUGGAGAUGGUGAAGACUCUUGGGAUUGAAAACAUGGAGCCAAAUACAUCUUUACUAAUGUUUGGGGACUCCUCUUCUACAACCCCAAUUGGUCUCAUCAAGGACUUUCCUUUGAAGAUUGGAGCUUGCACCAUUCCUAUUGACCUCACUGUUUUGAAGAUGACAAUUGAGAAGAGAGUCUCAUUGAUCCUUGGCACACCAUUUCUCACAACAGUAGGAGCUUGCAUUGACUUUGCCAACAAGAAGGUCACACUCCUCAAUGUGAACAAAGUUGUCUCCUACCCAAUCAAGUCUCCAAUGAUGAAUGUUGAUUAUUGUGGAACCAUCACUUGUGGAGAACCUUCCAUUGAAAAGAUUAAGGAUGAAAUGGUUGUUAAAGGAAAAGAAGGUCUUGAUGGAGAGUCCUCUAAAGAAAUGUGAUGAUCACUUGGAAAGUGUUACAAAGGAGGAGGUGAGUAGAGCCACAAAGGCUGCUCAUGACAAGAAGAAGAUGAUGAAAGAACCUAACCCUCCACCUCUUGAUAUGUUGCCACACACUCUCACUCUUCACCCAAUGAAGUUCAAGGAUGGAGCUAUUGAGUACAAGAUCAAAUGGAAGGGAAAGUCUACACCAUUCUCAAGUGCAAAGACCUCAUCACUCCACAACUCCAAGAUGAUCCAAUCAAGCUUCAAGAGCUUCUCUCUCAAGUCCUCACCAUCACUCUUGAAGGUGGGAAAGAUCCUCCUCUUCACUAGCCAAUUGGAAGGAAAGUCAAGCUAGAGACUUAAAAUAAGCUCACUUGGGAUGAAGUCCCAUGGUAUCCUUUGUAUAUAUUUCUAUAUGUACAUUUUUCUUGCUUUAGUGUGUUUGAAUAAGCUUAGGAACAAGUUUGGGGGAAUUCUCAAAAAUUCCCAAAGGUCAUGUCGAAAAUUCCAAGGUGACAACAAGCCAUCCCUCCUCAUUUCCCUUCUCUCAUGACAGCCAACUUCAGAGUUUCGUUUUAACGGGAGACGUUCACUAGUGACGACAAAGAUUACAGAGGGGUGAAAACAUUAACGGACAUAAAGUUGGAGGUUUAUUUCGAGUCUUUACUACCUGAUCAGCUAGAUGAAGCUGCAAACUACAUCAAAAAGCUACCGGUAAACGUGGAGAAAAAGAAUGAAAGGAAGAGGAAACUUGUUGCGACUUCAGCUUUCGACAAACUGAAUUCCAUUGGAUCUUCAUCGAUGUCUUGGAGUGUGGACGUCUCUGUACCAAGAAGGCUGCCAAAAUUGGAGAUUCAAGAAACCGGUCCGGUUCUUCACAUCUUUCUCGUGACAAGCAUGGAACACAAGUUUAUGUUCCAUGAGAUCACUCGUGUUAUCACUGAGGAAGCAGGAGCUGAGAUCACUCAUGCUGGAUACUCUAUUGUUGAUGAUGCCGUCUUCCACACUCUUCAUUGCAAGAUGGAAGAUCGUGAUUAUGGAGCUGGGAGUAGAAUUUCUGAGAGCCUGAAGAAACUUGUGAACACUGUCAACUAAUAUUCUCUUUAAUGUGUACCCUUUGGUCCUUCUCCUUGCAGCUUUUUCUAUAUUUUUUUCUUCUUAUUUUCUUGUUCCUUUUGUUGAAUUUUAUCUUGUCAUGUGAAAACGAUGUUUCAUUGUGAUAUUUAUCUUGUUAUAUAUCUACUAUAAGCUGUGUGACAUAUAUGACAUAUAUGGAUAUCUGGGAUUAUCUAACCUAUUAAAACUAAAGUACAAAUAAAUCGUAACCCUAAGUUUUCCUCAAUAAUUACUAUCUAAUGCCAUUGACCUUAUAAAUAACAAUUUCCAUAAAAAUUGUUACGAAAUUACCUAAUAUUUAGCUACUUAAUAAAUUUAGAAGAUAUACAAUUCUUCAUUUAAUUUAAAACAAAAUCAAAAAAUUCAAUUUUGCAAUCCAUAAAAAAACUAUAAAAUAGAUUAAAUUAUCAGAUUAAUCUAUUGGUUUAUUAAAAAUUAAAUUAAUCAAAAUCGUUUAAAUUUUUAGAAUAAAAAAAUAAUCAGUUAUAUUUAAUUAAUUAGUCUCUUCUAAUUUAAUUAGUAUAAUAAUGUAUGUAUUUAAUUUUAAACGUUUACAAAACAAAUAUCCGUGCGGACGCAUGGAUCAAGAUCUAGUGAUAUUUAAGAGCAAAGCCAAAAAUAUUCGUCUAAUUAUAUGCUUCAAAGAUUUUGUUUUUGUUUUUGCGUGCAUUUUAGAAAAAACAUAUUAAAAUUUAAUUGUAUAUUAAUUGUUUUCUAUUAUUAACGGUUACUAAUAAUUUUAAAUCAAUAGUAAUUAAAUAGAGAAUUGAACUUUAUUAUAUAUUAUUAAUAUUAAUUAAUAAAAAUGCAUAACUGUUAAAACUACUUUUGUUGACAGAGUAAAAAUUUUAAAUAUAUAUUAAAAACUAAAAAGACAAACUACCAAAAAAUGUCGUAAUAUCUAAAAAAUAAAACAUAUAAUGUUUUGGAUUACUGAGUAUUUAAUCGAAUCUCGAGUAUAAACUGGAAUUGAACCUAUACCCCAUGGUCCUAGAGUGGAUGACUCGCUUCUUCUUUUUUUCCGAAUCGCCAUUUAUGGCUUACUUAUUUUGUUUUUAACGACUUAAUAUAUUAUACUAGGGUAGGUCCGUCCUACGGACGAGAUAUACUUUAUUUGUGAUCUAGAUUUUUAUUUUUUGUAUGAUUUUGUGGUUUGUGUUUUAGAUUUGCAUUUGCAAGUGAUGUGUCUAAUAAUUAUUUUUAUCUUUUAGAAAAAUUUUAGUGAUAAGGGAUAUAACUUUCAUUUUACUCAAUGUUUGAUGUUCGUUUAUUUUUCUAACUUGUUUUGUUUUUUUAUUUGUUUUCAAAUACAUUUUCCGACAUUAUACUAUUUUUGUUGUUAUCUUUCUUUUUUGUUAUUUUUUUUAUAAUGAGCACACAUUUUUAUAUCAUCUUCACAUAUGUCUAACUAAACUUUUUUUAUUUUUGUUUAAGUUUAUUAGUCUUGUUAGAGAUUAUAAGUUUGUAGUAGCAUGACAUGAUUUUCAUGAUUGAAAUGGUAUACAUUUUCUUAAAUGUUUGCUCAAUUGUUUUAUAUAUAGUAAGUAGAUUUGAGUUUUUAUUAUUGUGGUUAGGUUUAAUACUCAAAAUAUUGAUUAUUUUAUAUUUUGUAUAUAUUGAAUGUACUUGUAUUUUUUUAACAUAUUUUAUUUUAAUAUUAAAUUAAAUAAUUGAACAUGAAUAUAUAAUUCACUAUAAUAGGAAAUUAUUUGUUAGAAAACUGAAUCAGAACAUAAUAUUAAUUAUCAAAACUUAAAUAAAUAUUUGAGUGAAUAUUUUAUAUACUACAUUUGAAGACUAAAUAAAAAAUAUUAUCCAAUAACUUAUUAGGUUUUCUAAAAUAAAAUCACUCAUUAAAUUUUAGAAUAGUAUUUAAUAAUGCCUUUCUUAUAUAUAAGUAAUUUAUUGUAUGUUUAGAGAAAGUUAAUGUAUUUGUAUUAAAUAUUUUUAUCUGAUUGAUUAGACUAUCAUUUAUCGAAAAUAUAAUUUAUUUUAUACAUAUAUAUCAUGUUGGAACAAUUUUUUACUAUAACUUUAGAUUAACCUUGAAUGCUAUUAAUAAAUCUUAUAGCAAUAGUCCCUCGGAUUCGGAAAAUUAUAACGAAGAUGUAUAACCCAAUAGCGGAUUCCACACCUGCUACCGUUGUAACCUAUGAAGUAAAUACUUGACUCCUCAUAUCAUCCGAAGAAACGGAAAAUACCAAAAAAGUUGAUAUUCACAGCUAAUAACAUUGAUUCAAUUUGCAUUGACAUAAUAGAAUAAAAAGUAUAUGUUAUUUGUCUAUGCAUUUAAAUGUUUAAUAAACAAAAUGAUGUGUUGUGAUUUUGCAUAGUUUUAGCUUUGUUAUUUCAUAUAUAUUCAUGCAUUAACCUUACAUUUAUUUGCAUUUAGAGUCUAUUGCAUGUACAUUUGCAUCUUGUAGGUGUUGGAUGAAUUGUUUGGAGUUUUGGAGGUGAUUAGAGCACAAAAGGAGCUUUCGAGGAGUCUUGAACCGAACGUGUGAAAGACAAGCAUGGAUGAAGGUCUUAAAGAUAUCUUUUGAAACUUGUCUUUUGGGAAGACAUGGUAAAUUGAGUUAGCUUUACAAUGGAGGUGGUUUCAAGUCGUUUGGAGCUGUAUUGAGGGAUUUAUGAUCAAAAUACUACACACAUAUCAGUAUGACAUUCCUAGCGGCCACCCUAGCAACAUCAACAAUAGCCUUCGAAUUUUAAGCCUUUAGACUCAUUUUUAUUCACUUAAAACCUAUAAAACUCAUUACUAUUCAUUAUUCUUCUUAUUUUUGGUAUUCUAAAGGUGUGUGCAACAUGGAGAAAGUGGAGAAAACUUUAAUGAGUGAGUUUUAUCUCUUUAAAGCUUGCAACAUGGGGGAUGGGUUGUCUAUCAUGAGUUUGGUGGCUCUUUUGGCCUAACUUUCUCUACCUUUUCUGAAGAGGCAAGACUACUUUGGCCAUAUGAAGGGGCAAAAGGUGUUCUAUAAUGGAAGAAAGUGGAGAAUAACUUUUAUGAGUGUGUUUUAUGCUUUAUGCUUUCACAUGAUGGAUGUGUUGUCAUCCUCCUUUACUUAGGCUAUAAAAGAGACUGCAAGGGGAAGGAGGAAGACACACAAUACACAGAGUACAAUACAACAAAGAGUAGAGAGUGAAAGUUUUAUAGUUUCAUAUUUUGUAUUUUGAGAGUUUGAGAGAAAACAUUUGUUCUUGAGCUGUUCUUCAUUGUUCAUCAUCUAUUCUUGAGUUUUAAUUUC